AUGGAAGCUGUUCAUAAAGCUUUAGCCGAACCCAAUACAGUAGAAUCCGAAAAAUAUGAUAGCACAUCUCCAGAUGUUCGUAAUAAAAUAAAUGAGCAGGCCUUCGAUGCUUUGCAGGAAUAUAACACUGGCGAUGCAAAGCCUGCGUCAAUCAGGGAUGGAGUACCGUCUGAUGAGCAGACUGUGGACGAGGACAAAGAAAUGCAAGAGGGAGUUCAUCACUUGGUAGAAAAUGAAGAUUUAAAGUUGGAUUUACCAGAUAAUCUUGAUAGUGAGGAUUUUUCAAAAUUGCUAGUUUUUGAUGAAAGGCACGACGAUGACUUAUUUGCAACACAUGAUAUUUUGGAAAAGACAAUACGAGAUGCGGACUCACAGGAGCAACAGGGGCACCAAGAACAACAAGAGAAGUCGGAGCUUCCAGAGACUAUAACACAAUAUGGGGGAAAUGACGAGGUACUAGCCUCCAAAGCAGAAAAUAAAGCAGAAGUUAAUGUGAGCGGUGAUGAAGAGGUAAAAUUGUCUGAAGCUAGAGACAUAAGCCCGAAUCUGACUGCAGAUGUAAACAGUACUAGUAGUUCAAUGCCAGGCGAGUUGAGCAAAUUUUCAGUGAAAGAAGAAACAUUGUCUCCAAGGCGAACUUUUUCUGAUAUAGACAAUAACACAAUCUCUCUUCAGAACCCUACUAAUCCGAUUGAGCCAGAGAAUACUGCCAAUGAUACGGGAACGGAGAACGGUCAAAUUACAAAUUUAUCUGCAAACUCGCCUGCCUCGCACUCAAAUAGUGGCAGAGAGACACCCGCGGCUAUUCUCCAUGAAAAGGAAAGUCUUGUGUAUCUCAAAAGGCAUGACUCGCUGACGCCUAUGAUCUUUCAACAACAUGAAUUGAAGCAAUUUGUCAACAAUGGUGAUAUUCCCAAUUCUGCCGGCAAAGACGCGUUGACUCAAGAAAGUCCGACAGCGUCUGAAGAACAACCAACUAUAUCAGCUUAUGCCAGACUGGAUUUUCAAAGCUUCACCUUUUAUGUUCAAACAUUACAUUUGAUCAUAGGUAGGCGAUCAGAGAAUGAUUUCACUCAUAAAGUUGAUGUCAAUUUAGGACCUUCAAAGUCAAUUUCAAGGCGGCAUGCCCAAAUAUUUUAUAAUUUCGGUACUGGAAGAUUCGAAUUAUCAAUUAUUGGCAAAAAUGGCGCAUUUGUUGAUGAUAUCUUUGUUGAGAGGGGGAAUACCGUUCCUUUAAAAGAUAGAACAAAGAUUCAAGUCGGCCAGAUUCCAUUCCAAUUCGCAUUACCGGAGCAUGACAAUUCUGAAAAAACACUGGCCACCCCAGAGGCUUCACAACUACAUUCAAGCACGGUGAAUGGUAAGCAAAACGGUACGGAGUCGCUUAAAGAUGAAGAUGAAAAGAAAGAAAAAGAUGCCCCUACAAGCCCGAAAAAACCGGUAAAAAAGCAGGUUGUUAAGAAAGAAAAGAAACCUGUAAAAAUACCGAAGAAGGUAUAUACUCUAGAAGAGAUACCUCCUGAGUAUCGAACAAAACCUACUUUUUCAUACUCUGCACUGCUCACCACAUGUAUAAGAAAAUAUUCCACUACUAAGGGAAUGUCUUUAUCAGAAAUAUAUGCAGGUAUUCGAGAGUUGUUUCCUUACUAUAAAUAUUGUCCUGAUGGUUGGCAAAGUUCAGUAAGACACAAUCUUUCUCUGAACAAAUCAUUUCGAAAAGUUUCAAAAGAGGGAAAAGGAUGGCUCUGGGGACUUGAUGAGGAUUAUAUAGCAGAAAGAGAGCAUCUUAAAAAGAAACAGGCAGAAGCUGCUGCCGCAAAAGCACAAGCAGCACAACAAAGACUCGAACAGCAACAAAAACAGCAACAACAACAACAACAACAACAACAACAGCAGCAUCAGCAUCAGCAUCAACAUCAGCAUCAGCAAACUAAAAAAGCAUCUACGUUAAAAAAUACAGUUUCAGCAAUGAAGGAAAAGACAGCGGUCAAGUCAACUAAUGUUAAACAGCAAAACAUAUCACAAACUUUAGCUGCGAAUAGAGCUGCUGACAAAAAAUCAAACAUGGAUGAUCACCAAAGGACUAUGAAAUAUUUACAAGAACAAUUAAUGAUUUUAACGAGGGACAGAAAGGGACUUUCAAAACAAGUUAUUGCCAGUAUCUUAACACAAGCUUUGGCAAUGACCAUCAAUCAAGUAACGCAGGCCGCUAGAAAUAAAAGAAUAACCGGCAAUCCAUUAACGGCCCUUAUGGAUAAGAAUCCGCAACAUUUAAAUCUGAUUUUAGCAGCAGCGGUGAACGCUGCAACUUCCAAGGUUACAAAUGGUGAAGUCAAGCAAUUAGUGAAUCUACCUCAAUCGAAUGACCUUUCAAAACAGGUGAAGAAAUCGGCAAACCCACCAGGAAGUGAACAGCCAACGACAUCAGAUAACAGUAGCUUACCAAGAGCAACUAUCAAUACACCGGAAGGCAAGCCUUCGAGUGGCUCUUUUGAUCCAUCCUCUUUGUCGAGGUUUUUUCAACCGCGUCAGCCGGCAAGGGCACCAGCAGCACCUAUUGUCAAACCAACUAUUCCGCAAAAGCGCUCAAUAGAGGAGGAGGAGGAUGAAACGAGCAGUUCGGAAGAGUCAUCCGGCAGUGAAGAAGAUGAAUCAGAUGAUGAUGACGAUGGAUCAGACGACGGAUCAGACGAUAGUGAAAGUAGUUCAACAUCAAGUGAAGAUGAAAAUAAAGAUAAAGUAGACCAGAAUGAAGGUGAGGAAGAUGACGAUGAUGAUGGUGGUGACGAUAAUAAUAACGAUGAAAGUACUGAUGAAAGUUCAGGUGACAGUGAGUCAGCUUCUGAUACAAAUAACAAUCAGGAAGUGGAAACCAUUCGGGUAAAAUAA